UACAUAGAUUUGCAUUAAGAAUCAAAGUGUAAAGUCAACUAUGAAGACUCCCUGCCUGCAUGAUUCAAUAUCUGAUGCCAUCACAAUCCCUUCACACAUCAUAACUUAAAUGCUUCAAAAACUUUCAUGAAGAAGAAGAUGAAGUGAUAACCCUUUUUUUGGACUUUCCACCAUGGCUGUUUCUGUUCUUCAUAUUCAUGUCAUCUUCAUCAUCUCCUUCACUUCUGUUCUUCAUCUUCUUCUUCUUCUUCUUGUCACUCCUGCUCUUUCACUUCCUCUGUGUACAGAUUCAAGUAUCAAAAUUUCUCCAUUUUUGAGUUUGUUUUUUGAUAUGAAUUUUGCUUCUGGUUGUAAUGAUCUUCAUCUGUUUAUGGCAGGAACACCAGUUAGGCCCAAGACUCCUCUGGUUUUCUGUGGCUACAAUGGCAGUUCGUGCUGUGAUUCCAUCCAAGAUUCGAAUAUACAGAAGCAGUUUGAAGCCAUGAAUGUGUCUCAGUCUGAUUGUGCUUCUCUUCUCAAAUCCAUCCUUUGUUCGCGAUGCGAUCCGUUCUCUGCAGAACUUUUCAUGGUCAAAACCGUUCCACGGCAAGUUCCUGUGCUUUGCAACUCUACAGUUUCAUCAAAUUCAUCGCAAACGAACCAAGCCAAGAACAAUUUUUGCGAAACAGUAUGGGAAACCUGCCAAAAUACACCCAUAAAGAAUUCGCCAUUUUCGCCAUCGUUACGAGGCCAAGCUCCCACCCCAGCAAAUUCCAGCAACACACUCGGUGAUAUCUGGCAAUCACGAACUGAUUUCUGUAACGCAGUUGGCGGACCUUCGCUCGAUGGUUCUGUCUGCUUCGAUGGUGAAAAAGUCAGCCUAAACGCCACCACUAACAGCACCAUAACUACCCCCACCGGCAUGUGUUUGGAGAAGAUCGACAACGGUCCGUACCUUGACAUGGUGGCUCACACCGAUGGCUCGAACCGCGCCUUCUUUUCCAAUCAGAAAGGCCAGAUAUGGCUGGCCACAGUUCCAGAAGUUGGUUCUGGACGUCCGUUGGACCUUGAUGAGUCCAACCCGUUUCUUGAUCUGACCGAUGAGGUUCACUUCGAUACUCAGUUCGGUUUGAUGUCAAUAGCGGUGCACCCGAAUUUCGAACAGAACGGCAGGUUCUUCGCUUCUUUCAACUGUGACAAGUCGCAAACGCCGAGCUGUUCGGGAAGAUGUGCUUGUAACUCCGACGUGAACUGUGAUCCUUCGAAGCUUCCUUCCGAUAGUGCAGCCGAGCCUUGCCAGUAUCAAAGUGUUGUGGCCGAAUACACCGUCAACGGGACAGCAUCUUCACGGACGUCCGUGAUUCCUAAUGCUUCACCGGUGGAAGUUAGGAGGAUUUUCACGAUGGGUCUUCCGUUCACGUCUCACCACGCCGGCCAGAUUCUCUUUGGACCAAACGAUGGGUAUUUGUAUUUUAUGAUGGGUGAUGGUGGCGCCGGUGAUCCAUACAAUUUUGCACAGGAUAAGAAGUCAUUGCUGGGCAAGAUUAUGAGAUUUGACGUCGAUGACAUACCCAGUGAAGAAGAAAUUACACGUCUUGGGCUAUGGGGAAACUAUUCGAUCCCUAGAGACAAUCCGUAUGUUGAAGAUGAUGAUCUGCAACCAGAAAUUUGGGCCUUAGGAUUGAGUAAUCCAUGGCGUUGCAGUUUCGAUGCAGAAAGACCAUCUUAUUUCAUGUGUGCAGAUGUAGGCAAGAACGAUUACGAAGAGGUGAACGUGAUCACAAAAAAUGGGAACUACGGAUGGCGUGUUUACGAAGGAUCAACCCUUUACAUUCCUGAACAGAGUCCUGGAGGAAACACAUCUGCAAGCUCCAUAAAUCCGAUUUUCCCAGUAAUGGGAUACAAACACUCGGAUAUAAGCAAGAACGAAGGUUCGGCUUCAAUAACGGGAGGGUUCUUCUAUCGCUCCACAACCGAUCCAUGCUUGUAUGGAAGUUACUUAUAUGGGGAUUUAUACGCUGAUUCGAUGUGGGCAGGCGUUGAAACGCCUGAAAACAGCGGCAAUUUCACGGCCAACAAGAUCCCCUUCACUUGUGCCAAGGAUUCUCCGGUACCUUGUAAUCUUGUUCCAGGAACUUCACGUCCUGCCUUGGGUUACCUCAUUUCGUUCGGCCAGGAUAACAAGAAUGACGUAUAUCUGUUAUCCACUAGCGGUGUGUAUAGAAUCGUUCCUCCAAGCCGCUGCGGCUACACCUGUGCAUACCAAAACACAACCACCGGUUCAACCUCUGGUCCAACCUCCACCCCUGGUUCAGCUGCAAACAUGGUUAAGGGUUCAUACAACAUCCCACUGAUGCUUCUCUUGCUUUUUCUUGGGUUUGCCUACUAAAUUUGGUUAACAGACUUGUCUAAAAUCCUGCUUUUUUUUCUAAUCGUUGAAGAAUAUUAUUAUUUAGAUAC